GGGAAAAGUUUCGAUGGCCCGGCCUUCGGGUCUGAGCCGGUCCCGGCAGAGGCUACGAGGGAGGACGCCACACCUGACCUUCAGAUCCUUCCCCUCGCGUCUCGGGGCCCAGCGUUGCGCCCGAUCGCCCCUCACCUCCGGCUCCGGGCGCUCCGAGGCCAUCACACAGCCCUCCAGCGCCGGCCCGGGACCAAGAGACUGUUCCACGCCUGACCUCUGACCUGGUUAUCUCGGCGCCUGGCAGGAAACGGAAGUUGGUGGGAAGUCUGCGUACCAAGCGUUUUGAUUGGUGAACGAAGCCCUCUCGGCGGUGCCAGGUGACUGGAGAACCGGAAGAGGAAUUCGGUGGGGCAGCCAAGGCAGCUGCAAUGCAGAGAGAGGAGAAGCAGCUUGAGGCAUCAUUAGAUGCACUGCUAAGUCAAGUGGCUGAUCUGAAGAACUCACUGGGGAGUUUCAUUUAUAAGUUGGAGAACGAGUAUGACCGGCUGACCUGGCCCUCUGUCCUGGAUAGCUUUGCAUUGCUGUCUGGACAGUUGAACACUUUGAACAAGGUCUUGAAGCAUGAGAAGACACCUCUGUUCCGUAACCAGGUCAUUAUCCCUCUGGUGUUGUCCCCAGACCGAGAUGAAGAUCUCAUGCGGCAGACUGAAGGACGAGUGCCUGUUUUCAGCCACGAAGUGGUCCCUGACCAUCUGAGAACCAAGCCUGACCCUGAAGUUGAAGAGCAGGAAAAGCAGCUGACAACAGAUGCUGCCCGCAUUGGUGCUGAUGCAGCUCAGAAGCAGAUCCAGAGCUUGAAUAAAAUGUGCUCAAACCUUCUGGAGAAAAUCAGCAAAGAGGAGCGAGAAUCAGAGAGUGGAGGUCUCCGGCCAAACAAACAGACCUUUAACCCUGCAGACACCAAUGCCUUGGUGGCAGCUGUUGCCUUUGGGAAGGGGCUGUCUAAUUGGAGACCUUCAGGCAGCAGUGGCCCAGGCCAGCCGGGCCAGCCAGGAGCUGGGACGAUUCUUGCAGGAACUUCAGGACUACAGCAAGUACAGAUGGCAGGAACUCCAAGCCAGCAGCAGCCAAUGCUCAGUGGGGUGCAGAUGGCUCAAGCAGGUCAACCAGGCAAAAUGCCAAGCGGAAUAAAAACCAACAUCAAGUCUGCUUCAAUGCAUCCAUAUCAGCGGUGAGUGUCGAUGGCGGCCUCCUAGGUGACCUUGGCCAAGUUGGGUAGUGAAAUAAUCUUUUGCUCAAGGCUCACCAGCUUGGGUACAAUAAAAAAGAAUGUGGCUUUCAGCAACAGACAAAUCCCUGCUCCACCAUUGACUAGCUUUGUGACCUUGGGCAAAUGGCUUAAUUUUUCUGAGUUUGUGAGCCUGUUUUCUCAUUUGUAAAUGGUGGUAAUACCUACCUCAUAGGGUUGUUGUGAGGAUUGAAAUGAGGAAAUGAAUGUAAAACACUUAGCACAGCAUACGAAGUAAAAGUUACUCAAUAAAAGAACGUUUCUGUAGCCACUUCUCCACCUUGCCCUCCACAGUCCAGAACUUACCCUGAUUGUAUACUGCUCUAUGUCAAUGGCUAGCUGAUGCACACAGGAUCAAAUAUGUCUAUGCUUAUUUUGUACUGGCAGAAACUGUAGCAGCCCGUGUAUCCCUGGAGGGAUAUUAUUUCCUUAGGUCCUCCUGCCCAGGUUUCAUCCCGCUGUCCCUCUUAAGCUGCAGGAGAGGAGGCUUCUGGGCCAGGUUAAACCAUCCACUUAGAGCUGGGCCUGUACUACUCUCCAUCCUCUGGAAACCAAUUCACACUUCUCUAGGUAAAAGUCCCCAUCCUUUAUCCCACCCUUACACAUGAAGGAAAAUGUCAAGGGGCUGAUAGUUGGGCAACUUCUCAUGCAGUGGCUCUACCAGGCAGAACUAUAUGAGAAAGGGUUCUCCUGUAGCAUAUAUAAAAGCCCCUUCUUCUUCUGGGCUUAUUUUUCUUAAUUUGGGGGGAGCAGGGAAUUGCACUUAAUAUUGUCUUUUAUUGGGAUUUAGUUGUCCUCCUAAUAGUGGCUA